GUUGCGAAGGCGCCGAGCCAGUCCGAGAUAGGCGCCCCGCGCGCGCCCGCGUCAUCUUGCCAUACAAUAUACGCGCGCUUUGUGUAAUCUUUAAACAAAAUUGUUAAGUUCUCAAACACAUAUAAAUUUUCUCCACUUGUGAAUAUAAUACACGACAAUAUACUUUAUGGAAGAAAACGUGCAGGAAGUGUAGUGCAGUGCAAACAAAAAACACGGCAUAGGUAGCUUAAUAGCGCGAAUGCCACGGUCCACAACCUACGCAGCCGGCGGCGUCCCCCACUUCUUUCAUUCAAGGACCAAUCGUCGACCGCAUGCUGUUUAGGCUUUCGCGUGAGCGCUAUCUGCUAAUUUGGUUAUAAACGAUAAAUAAACUUAGCAAAAUGCAUUGAAUGUGCUGAUGAGCAAAUUUGUUUCAAUAACAAUGUCAAUCAAUCCGAAUAUAGGCCAGUUUAGUAAACAGAAACAGCAACUAGGUAAACAAGCUUCAGAACUGGUUAACUUUCCACCAAGAUAUCAUCCGCCUCCGCCAGCGGCAGGUGCCCCCAAUAUAGCCACUGUUGACUCGACCACUAAAGAGUUCAAACCUCCAUACGGCAAGCCUAUCGAUCCGAACAAAUUACAUUAUCCGCUAGGGGCGCACGGCGGGAUACCGAGCGCUUAUCCUAGCGGAUCGAUUCCCUUUGGGAAAUAUCCUCAAGGAUACCCUGCAGGAUAUCCUUUACCGCCAGGUGCACUUCGUGUAUUGCGUCCUUCAGCUGAAGUUAUAACAAAAGCAAUUGUGCACGAACCUGUAGAGCCCACAACUCGAGCAAGAAGUGCCGACGACACGCAACGAACCCAAAGGAAUAUUGAAGAAGAACAGAUACACAGAAGAUCGGCUGAUAUGCUUAAGUUUACAAAACGUGUUGAUACUGAAGGACCACGAGCUUCGACGGAUCAAAGACGUCAAAUUCAAACGCUUUUAGAUGAAAUAAAAGCUCUGAAGGAAGCUAACCGACGUUUGAGCGAGGACAAUCGGGAGCUCCGUGAUUUAUGUUGUUUCUUGGACGAUGAUCGACAGAAAGGACGUAAAUUAGCUAGAGAGUGGCAGCGGUUUGGCAGAUAUACAGCGUCAGUAAUGCGUCAAGAAGUAUCAGCGUACCAGAAUAAGUUAAAAGAGUUAGAUGAAAAGCAACAGGAAUUAAUUCGAGAUAAUUUACAGAUGAAAAAUUUAUUUUUAUUGCUGGAUGAAGAACACGAAAGAAGCACAUGUGUGAAUUGCGGCAGAGCAGCUGGUAGAGAAAGAGACGACGGCGACGGUAGCAGCAGCAGUACAAAUGCUGAGGAAGCUCCGCGCGCCCCAACAUCUGCACCCGUCACUCAUCCACAAUUAGCAGAGCGCACGGUACAAUAUGUCCGAGAUUUAGAGCAAAAAGUUCGGAAGUUGGAGGCAGAAAAGGGAAUAGGAGGAGGCGUUAGUGAAAGACCUGAAGCUGUAGUUCGUGCUUUACAAGUAUUAGAAGUAAGAGAACGAGUGGAAAGGGAAAGGAGAAGACCAGCGCCAGACCUAGACACCGGAGAGCAAGCAUUAGUAAGAGAAAUGUGUAAUGUUGUGUGGGGUAAAUUGGAAGAGGCUCCACCGCAGGCACCACCGCGUUAGAAAUAUGAGAACAUUGUCAUACACAACUGGUUUAGUAAAAGGUAGUGAAUGAACAGCGAACACCAUACUACAUGUUUAUUUGUUUGGAAUUCGACUUGAUCGAGGUCAUUGACAAGUUUCGUGGCCAAAAGUGUCUAUUAAAGUGCUUGACCUUGUUUAUCAGUACUCUAACAUAACAGAACUUUCGAUACCUAGCUGCAUAUUGUGAACCGGAAAACUGAUGAGAAAUAAUUGUGAUCACAAUUUUAUCAUUCAACAUACGAUAUGUGCUUGAUAAAAAAUAUACCGUAAAGUACAAAUUGCAAAUAGAAAUUAAUUUUUUAGAUAUUUAGAUUUAGUUUUAGUGAUUUCACGAAUUUCUAAUUUAAACUUUCAGAAUUCUUAUUAUUGGAUUAUUAUAAUAUUUAUUUACGAAAAUAAAGUAUUGAAUUUAUAUUAAAAAUGGCAAUGUUUAAUAGAUAAGUACUUAUAAAAUUAUUUGGUUAUUUAUGAGGCUAUACAAAUUAAUAAUUGUUAUCAACAAUAAUUGUUAUAACGUCUGUGAUUUUUCGGAUAAAUUUUAUUUAAAUGUAUUAUUAUUAUUUGACUAUAUUCUAUUAAUGAAAUAUCACAGAAUAAAUACUCACACGAGAUUGAAUAUACCUAUUUCCUAUUAUGCUGCUAUGAAAUAUUAUUAAAAAUGUAAUAAUUUUACUUUCGAGUAAGUAUAUGAUAGUGUCAAGAAAUUAUUUAAGUGAGAACACUUAUAAAGAUUAAUUUAAACAGUUUAACUCAGGCAACUGUUGUAACUUAUAAAGAAUGGAUUCCAAAUUCAAUCAAGUGCUUACAAUCUCUAGUGUCAAUACACUUACCUAUUUAUAAUAUUAUUCACCAUUCGCUCAUGAAGAUAUUUCAUCGUAGUUUUUUGACAUUGUAUAGCUAGUAAACUAAAUAGUAGUUAGAACUGCUGAAAAAAAACCUCAUACGGAACUUAAAAGUACCUUAAAAACAGGUAUUCAAUUUGCCCCCGACUUCUAGUCAGAUCUCUUACGCUUGCCUUUACAUAUAAAGAAUCCAAAUCCAUUUGCCCGGACUAUUAUUCUUUGUCGUCGGAUCGUUUUUUUUUUUUUAAUAUUUAAGAGUGUUUUAUUUAAUUUAAUGCAUAGUAAUAUCUGUAUGCAGCGUAUUUUGUGACAAAUAAAGUUAUUUCCGUUUUACUA